AUACAUAAUGGGAGUGAACGUUCGAAAUGGAAUGCUGCUGUUAUUUUCAAUAACAUAUUUGACGAAUAAUUCGCUCGAAUUUCUCAUCUAAUCCUCACUCAUGAAUACGAAUUUGAGGCGUUAUUCGAGUCUAUUUAAUCCAUUUUCAUUUAUUUGUGCACAUCGUCUUUAAAACAAAUCAGCGCACAUAGACGCACAAAUCAGAUUCCCUUCUCUCGCCGCGUCUCUCUCCAGUCCAGCGGGUCGCGCCAUAACACACACGUUUGUUUGAGGAACACCCCUAAACCUCAGAGGAAGAAGCCGGAAUAUCUGGAGGAACGACUGAACUGAGAUCUGCUGCUGUGAAGAUGAUGUUUGUUAAAGAGGAGAGUGAAGAGAACACGAGUGAACCAGAAACACUGAGAAUAAAACAUGAGGAACCAGAAACCCGGAGAAUAAAACAAGAGGAACCAGAAACCAAGAGAAUAAAUCACGAGGAACUAGAAACCUGCAGAUUAAAUGAAGAGGAGCCAGAAACCUGCAGAGUUAAACAAGAGGAACCAGAAACCUGGAGAAUAAAAUCUGAGGAACCAAAAAUGUUGAGAAUAAAAGAGGAGGAACCAGAACAAGAACCCCUGGAGAAUAAAACACGAGGAACCAGAAGGCCCAAUGAAAGUGAAAGAAGAAGAGAUCUGAAUGAGGUGGAGAAGAAACAUCAGCAUCAGAAAGAUCAUAAUAUCACUACUGGAGAAAAAUCAGUGAGUUGCAGCAUUCAAAUAACAGAUGUCGAAAGGCCUUUCAGCUGCUCUCCAUGUGGAAACACUUUCAAACAGAAAGGACGCUAUAUGAAACACAUGAGAAUUCAUAGUGAGGAAAAGUCUUUCAGCUGCGCUCAGUGUGGAAACACUUUCACACGUAAAGCAAACCUUAAAAAACACAUGCUAAUUCAUACUGGAAUAAAGCCUUACAGCUGCUCUCAGUGUGGAAAGAGUUUCACACAGAAAUGGCAACUUAAGGAUCAUCUGCUAACUCACUCUUCAGAAAAGCCUUUCACCUGCUCUCACUGUGGAAACACUUUCACACGUAAAACAAAUCUGAAGACACACAUGUUAAUUCAUACUGGAAUAAAGCCUUACAGCUGCUCUCAGUGUGGAAACACUUUCACACGUAAAACAAAUCUUAAGACACAUAUGUUAAUUCAUACUGGCAUAAAGUCUUACAGAUGCGCUGAGUGCGGAAAGAGUUUUACACAGAAAGGACACCUUAAUGAUCAUGUGGUUAGUCACUCUUCAGAAAAGCAUUUCAGCUGCUCUCAGUGUGGAAAGUCUUUCAAACAUAAAGUAAGCCUUAUGAAACACAUUAGAAUCCAUAGUGGGGAAAAGCCUUACAGCUGCUCACAGUGUGGAAACAGUUUCACAUGUAAUGAAAACCUUAAGAAUCACAUGUUAAUUCAUAUAAAACCUUUCACCUGUUCUCAGUGUGGAAAGAGUUUCACCUGUAAACGAGGAUUUAAUCAUCACAGGAGAAUUCACACUAGAGAGAUGCCUUACCAGACAAUUCCUACAAAUUAAAACCCCUAUGUCUGUCCUCAGGGUCGCCACUAUGGGGCGCCACGUGUCAGUCCUCUUUGUGGAAGGAGAUUUCGUAAAGCUUUAGACGACAGCCCGGAAUUUACAGUGCAAGUAAACUGAAUAUACAGUAUACAUUUUUGUAA